GUCAUGAAAUCCGAUUUCUUCGCCUACAAAGACGGGCGAAACGUGACAUUGGAGAAGCUGCAAGAAUGCCUUGCAAUGAGCCUCAACAGAUGCAACUUGCCGGGCGAUGAGGCUACGGACGGCUGGUCUAUGCAUCUGGUGGUGCAUAAGGGCGACUGGAAAUUCCGUCGGGAGUGGCUUGCUAUGGAUCGACAUUACAACAGUUCCGAUUUGAUAUGCCCAAGAUGCCUGGCCUCUGCCAGGCCGAACUCUGACAAACCCUGGCUCGAUCCUUGCAGAGAACGCUUCAACAAUGAUGCAGAUCUCGCGGCAGCGGCCCAGACACGUGUGGGGGACAUUUGGCCCCACAGCUGCAAAGUUUGGCUUCGCAGUGUCCGCGGCUUCAGCCCUUUGAGCGAAUGCGCGGACAUUUUACAUGCCCUAUGGCUGGGAACAGCCCGAGAUUGCGUGGCGUCCAUUAUAUUGGAUCUCGUGGCAAAGUGGCCGGCGCUACAGCAUUUGCCGACCUGGGAUGAACGCCUGGAAACUUUGACUGCAGAUGUGCGCCACUGGUGCGUGCAAAAUGGGAUACGACCCUCCACGAUCGAAACAAUCAGCAUCCUGGUCUGCUUUGUCACUGUAGAGUUGCUUUGCAGUCUAAGGUUCCCGUGUUUUGCUUGA